AAACGUGGUGUCUUAUAAACAUUACCUUUUCGGAUAUUUGAUAUCUGUCGUUGCAUAUUUUUAGAUAAUAUAAGCAUAUUGUAACAUUUAAUAAAAUGAACCAGUUAAAACAGCGCAAGUGUGUGUAUUAUUGGGGGAGGAUCAGGCUGGCUAAAAGAAAAUGGCUGACGGUUUUAACUGGUUCCUUGUACUGAGCUCGGUGUUUCUGGUCAACCUCGUCAAAACAUUGCUGCCGUCCAUUUCUUCAUUUCUGUCAAAGAUCUUCCAGAAAGAUGCUGAUCAAGAGAUGGAGAUGCGGACGGAGAUCCAAAACAUGAAGAUGGAGAUGUCCACCGUCAGUAUGAUGGACGAGUUUGCCAGAUAUGCUAGACUGGAACGCAAGAUAAACAAGAUGACCGAUCAACUGAAGACUCUUGUCAAAUCAAGAACUUCACAGCAGGCAAAAAUGAAAUGGAUUGUAAAUAUUGUGUUUUACAUUCUUCAGGCGGCCCUCAUGAUCUCGCUCAUAUUAAAGUAUUAUGCCGACCCGGUCACGGUGGUGCCUAGUAAAUGGAUUGCUCCACUGGAGAGACUAGUAGCCUUUCCUUCUGGAAUUGCAGGUGGUGUUGGAAUCACAUGCUGGCUAGUUGUCUGCAACAAGGUUGUGGCCAUCAUUCUACAUGCUGUCAGUUACUCAACAUGAUUACACAGUCACUGAAUUUUUCGGUACAGGUUUGUUUCAAUCCACUUGCUAAAAAAGCAGUCUAAAUUGUGCAUUUUGUGGUGAUUGGUCCAAACUGAUUGUUCUGUUUGUUUUUUAAUGCCAUUCACCGUUUCGUCAAGUGGUUUAAGUGUGUAGUAAAUUGGUUUUAGCCUUCAUUGUUUACAAAUUCUCUAAAUGACAUUUUAACGGUUUUUAUUUUCAUUUAUUUCGUAGAUGCUGACAUAACAUUCCUAAACAAAUGGCAAAACUCAUUUUUUAUGGGUUAUGUUGUAAUCUCAAGCAAAGCAAACUAUUUUGUCUAUUUAUUGCUUGUACCUAAAUUGUAUAUUGUUUUUGUCAGUGUUAUAAAUGUAUUUAUUGAUUUUA